AUUUCCACCCCCUGCCCGGCGCAUGCGCGCUGCCCGCGCGGGAGGCGGGGAUGGCGGCGGCCAAGAUGGCUCCGCGCUGCCCCCGCCUCACACCGGCCCCUCGCCGCCCGUUCUCGGCGGUGGCGGCGGCCCCCGGGGCGGAGCUGCUGCUGGAGCUCUGCAAGCGGCGCCGCUUUUUGCGCGACGGCCCCGAACGGUGGCGGCGCGUCCUCGGCGGGGACCACCCGGGCUUCGGGCCGCUGGGCGCCGCGCUGCGCGGCAACCUGACGGGGCAGUGGUGGGACUGGGCUCACCGGGAGCAGGUGCUCGCCGUGGAUGCCCCGCUCCGAGCCCCGGGAGGGCUUCGGGACAGCCUCCUCCCCGGUGUCCUGGCACAGUACGUCAGCUGCUUAGACCUGGUGAGCAGACGACUGCCUUGCGGCCUCGCGCAGGUUGGGGUUUGCUUUCACACUCUUCCGGAAGAUGAACCACAAAACAAUAACCUUGAAAGAAUAGGCGAAAGGACCACGUCUUUGCUUGCAUGGUUUAGUCCUCCCAGAACUGCAGGACAGUGGCUCGAUUAUUGGUUACGCCAGAGACUCCAGUGGUGGAGAAAGUUCGCAGUAGGCCCAUCUAACUUCAGCAGCAGUGACUUUCAGGAUGAAGAAGGAAGAAAAGGAUUUAAUUUACAUUACGCAUUUCCCUGGGGAACAGAAACGAUAGAAACGUUGACAAACCUUGGUGACACCGAGCUGUUACAGACGUAUCCAGGGGACAGCUCACAGCUACUCGGCCGAGAUGGGAGGAAGAACGUUAUUCCUCAUGUUCUGUCUAUGACUGCAAAUCUGGACGGAGGAGUGUUAGCGUACCUCUUUGAUUCUCUACAGCUGGCUGAUAAUCCUCUAACGAAAAAGAAAAAUUCACAGAGAAAGGUGCUUAAGCUUCAUCCUUGUUUAGCACCCCUUAAAGUGGCCUUGGAUGUAGGAAAAGGUCCAACAACAGAGCUGAGACAGGUUUGUCAAGGAUUGUUCAAUGAACUGUCAGAAAAUAGAAUUUCUGUGUGGCCGGGUUAUCUUGAAACCACGCAGGUAUCUCUGGAGCAGCUUUAUACAAAGUACGAUGAGAUGAGUGUUCUCUUCACGAUCCUGAUAACUGAUGCCACUCUGGAGAAUGGAGUGGUCCAGCUGAGAAGCAGAGACACCACCAUGAAGGAAAUGAUGCACAUCUCUAGGCUGAAGGACUUUUUAACUAAGUAUGUAACAUCAGCCAAAAAUAUGUAAACUUCAAUUUGUUGAAUAAAAGGAAUUUCUUAAAGAUCUGUGCCUGAACAGUGUCAUGGACUCGGGUAUCUCUGCAAAUAGUUCUGCUAAAACUUGGUGUUGCAUCUAUUUUCUGUCAAAUCCAGACCAUCUGGGUCUUCCCGUUUACUUUGAAAAGAGGGAAGAGAUGAACUUGUCCCUCGUUAGCAGGGCUAACUAUAUUCUCUUUCACGUCUUCUGUUUUACUGUCUAACUGAAAAUUCUCUGUCCUAACCUAAAAACUCAACUUUCAAUUGUUUUUUGUUGACACAAUUAUGGUCUCUGCUGGAAAAUUGUAUUUUAUGUAAAAGAAUUCCAAAUCUUAAAUGUUUUAAUAACAUCAGUAAGUAUCUUUCUACUGUCUGUUUAUAGGAAUGUAUUUUAAUCACGUGGCUUCAGGUCUUAAGCUACUUUAUCUUGCUCUUGAUAAACAUAGAGAUCAGAAAUACCAAGAGUAACAGAGGAAAUAGGCAAAUUAUCAACUAUUUUUGACAAGCAUUUUUGUGGGCAACAUCUAUACAUAGAAAAUGGUGGAAAAAGACAAAUAUUUAUCGUAUACCUAAGUGUUGUAGUCAAAAUCUGAUACAAGAACUUGCAUAGAUACGAAAUAGAUUCUGAUCUUCUGUAGAUUUACUGUGCAUGUGCAGCUUAAGCCGCUGUAUGCAAUUGCUCUGAGGUGGGUGCAGCAAACAGACACUGAUGGUCAUCAAUGUCAUGAAAUGAACAUUUCUUCUAUUAAUGUGGUGCUUAUUUAACUCUAAACUGGUUAUUUGUAACUGCUAAACACUAAAGAAUGUUAAUUGCUAUGUAGUGACUUACUGAACUCAUGGAAUUCUAGGUCAGCUGACUAAGGAAUGGCAUGAAACCAACUCAGAAACGUUGAAGAAACAGCCUAUAGCAGGAUGCAGAACUGGUUUUGGAGUUAAACCAUCCCAAAAGUUAAUUUUAGCAUCCUGUCCCCGUUCCAAGAGAUGAAGUAAUGUUGAGCUGAAAAAUUGCCAUCCUUACUGUGAGGUAACAGCAGGUACAAAGGACAAAGCUGGAUCCCCCAGCGUGUGCCUAAGAGGGUUGGGAUUCACUUAUUUUUGAUACUUGUCUAAAGCCUCUUCAUUAUCUUGUGUUUCCAGUUCCUAUUUCAGGAGAAUUGUUGAAUGUACAGGAACUUGGGUCUAAGUGAAAGCUUUACGUAAUUUAUUCCUUUCUAUUUAUUUAUCAGAUGUGUAUGAUGUCAGAUUAUCUGUUGUGUCCAGCAGGAUCUUACCUGACAAUGAUUACAUUGUUUUGUUUCAUUUUGGUUUUUUUAUGGUGCUGUUUGGGCAAGAAGCUGCUGUUUGACUAAUGGGAUUGCUAUUUGGGUCUUUGUUAAUUCCAAUUUUAUCCGUUCUGCCUUUUAUUUUAAGUUGAAGUCCUUAGAGAUUAUGACUUGGGGAUUUUGCUUGCUGAUAGAGAACAAGCUGUAUUGUCUGUCUACAAAAUAAUUAGGCCAAUGUCUAAGUAUCAUCUCGUUCUGUGCGGAUUUGGUGGUACUUAGCACAUCUGAGGAUCAAAAGGUUCUUGAAAAAUAUGUGAUUAAGUUAAUUGCAAAAGAGG